AUGGAGAGGACGACGUCGACGGGGGCGACGGUGGCGGCGGUGGUGGCGGUGGUGGCGGUGGCGGAGAUGACGGGAUACGUGGAGGUGAAGGCAGUGAGGGGGAGGUCAACGGUCACUCGCUGUUUCUCCAAGUAUCCCAUCAAGUUCCUCGUCCCUGCAAAGGUCUUCUCACACGACUUCUCUGCUCUCCGUUUCCACCACUAGUGUGAUCGUUGGAUCAUCCUCCGAAGCUCUGAUCUGUUAUCCUACUUCGAUCAUCGAAUACAAGCAGGCCGCCUGCUCCGGAGUCGACGCCGUCUGGAUCUACGCCCUCUCCUACGGCGGCGGCAUUGUCUCGGUGAGUCAUCUGGACUAGAAACUGGAGAUUAGCCGAUCCAGUGCGUAAUCCCGGCUAUUUCGAUCUGAUUCGCUUCGUCUGAUUCGCCUUCAAUUUCGAUACGAUCUGGUUCCGAUUGGUGGAGAUGAUCGGGAGUACCUCUACUUCCGGCGUAGUUUUCUGAUGAUGAUGAUGACGAUGAUGGAAUUUCUUGUUCCUGGCGUAGGGAGACUGCGUGAGGUGCGAGAUGAUCGUUGGCGAGGGCUGCACGGCCGUCUUCACCACCCAGGCUUCCACCAAGGUUUCCCCGCCUCUAUGCCCCUUCUCCCUUUCUCUCGCUCCAUUUCAAAUUUUCGAUUGCCGGUCUCUGCUAGUCCGAUUACAGCAGUCAUUCGUUUCUGAAGCACGGACGGUUGGGAGAUCGGACAUUGAAUCCCUACAGGUUUCAAUUGCCAGAACUUCGGAGGAUGAUCUCUCUCUCUCUCUCUCUCUCUCUCUCUCUCCUCCAUUUGAGAUUUUCGAUUGCCAGUGUCUGCUAGUCCGAUUAUAGAAUUCAUUCGUUUCUGAAGUGUGGAUGGUUGAGAGAUAGAACAUCAAAUCCCUGCAGUUUUUAAUUUUCUACUGUCUCCCUCAGAAAUAUCCUCCUCUUCCGAUAGAAACAAGCUACAGAACCUAAGAACUGGAGAGAACAGAAUGAUCAUCGCUUCAAUUCAGAUAGAGCAAUCCCUUCUCUGGAUCGAGACCGCGAACAACCUCAGAACUGGAGAUACCAGAUUGAUCAUUAUCUGAAAAAGACAGAUAUAACAGCAAGAGAAAACCUCAUUUUCAUCAGUUUCUUCAGAUUUCACGAUCUUCAUAUUUCAUUAUUAUUAUUAUCAUUAUUGUUUUUCCUCUGGGGUUUGAUUCUGGACAGUAGGAGCCAUCAAAUCCAUCCAUCAGAUUUUACUAUUUUCAUCUGAAAAGCAAUACUCCAUCUCAUUCUUCAGGUGUACAAAUCUACAGGAUCUGAAUGUUCAGUACAGGUGCUGGAGGUAUUCAAUUUUUUUCUCACUCUGAUGAAAUUUUUUGCACCAAUUGCUCGACGCCGGUCGAUUCGAUCACUCGAAUGAAAUUCAUUGGUGGCGCGCUGCAGUAGGCUUGUAUCAGGGGAGGAGCUCUUCUGGCGGUUGUUCCUCAUCCGGUGACCUGCUUCUCCACAGCAAGGUAUUCCCAGAGCCAGGUGUUCAGGAUCAGCUCCGACUCCAAUCUCCUUGUCGUUGACUGGCUCACAAGUGGGCGGCGUGAGAGCGGCGAGAGGUGGGACUUUGGGCUCUACAAGAGCACCAAUAAUAUAUUUCUUGAAGGAGACAAGCCCCUGUUUAUUGAUUCGGUAAUGCCCCUCUUCAACCACACCCUCAACUCUACAGAUUUUUUUUUUCUAAUUUUAUUAUUUAUUUAUUUUUAUCGUAUAAGAACACAAUCUAGGCGAGCUGUCAUUUGCAUGAAAUUAGGCAGAUUUGGAGUCAGUAAUAUGUAAAGUUGAUGACAGCUAGUGGGGGUGCAUGCAUCUUCCUUUUUUGACUUUUUUUGUUGUUGAUGGGGGGGGUUUGCUAUGUAAUUUAUUUGGAAACUGAGAGACUUAAACUAGAUGGCUCUUAGUGGAGCUGAAGAAGAUGACUCUGUGAAAUCCUGUUAAAAGAGUUUUUGCAGUAUCUCCUGCUGGGAAGUCAACCCUAUGCCCUGUUCUAGAAAGUCAAAAUAUGUUGAUAAACCUGAAUUAGAUUUGCCCCCCAGAGGGACCAUUUGUUGAUAAAACCUGAUCAAGCUCUUAUCUGUGAGUCAUGAUUGGAUGCAGCAGACUCAAAAGUAUCCACGACGUGUUCUGGUUUCAGGUGCUCCUAGAACAGGGAGGAGGCACAUCAGGCAUCGCCGAGCGUAUGCAGGACUACCAAGUCAUCGCCAUGGUCGUACUGUUAGGGUGGGCUCUCAUUAAGCAUGAUCUUUGGUGAAAAUUUUAAUCCUUUUUUUCAAUUUUUUUUUGGAAAGUGGAGAGGAAAAUAAAAAUAAAAAGGGGUAUAAUAUCUUUCGUGCUUGGAUUUCUUCAUCUGAGGCUUUUUGGUGGGGAGGAUUCAGGCCCAAGUUGAGACACAUCCAAAGUCAACUCCAAGAGGACGUGAAGAAACUGAUGUCUGGAUGCUUCCGCAAGUCAAAUCACGCUGGAGGACCUUACUCAAACCCACAAACCAAAUAUGUCCCAGAAAAACCGCCAUUAAUUGCUUCUUGCAGCUCCUUUGGCCCCAAGGUCAGCCUUCUCUCCCUUCUGAACGGGUUUUGAAUAAAAUAUCUCGGCACCGUUUUAAUUUUUCUUCAUGGGUGGAAGAAAUUCUGGGGUCUCCUCCCUUUUUCCAUUCCAUGUACAUGGUUUUUAUGUCCACGCGGCAGAGCCAUGCAGGACUGAACCAGUAAUGGAAUGAUAAAUCUACAGCUUGGACGUUUUACCCUACAGCUUAUUUAGCAGCUGAUUUUGAGGUCAACGCCCCCCAUUUUCUCAGUCCCCUCCUGUUUUCCCUUUCACAUAGAUGGUUUGGUUUGUACGCCCACGAGGCAGAGGCAUCCUAGACUAAACUAGUAAUGAAAUGAUAGAUGCUAAAUCUAUAGCUUGGACGUUUGACCCUACCCAGCUUGUUUGGCAGCUGAUUGAGGUCAACAGCCCCCAUUUUCCAGCAGAGGUUGAAGUCAACGUUUCAAGAUCUUGCUUGUAGACUUUUUUCUUGAUGUCAUUGACCUUUUCUCGGUUGUGGGCAGGGGGUGGGUGUUGUGGUUCGGAUAGCGGCGCUUACGACGGAUUCGGUCUACGAGUUUCUCCGAUUUCAUCUGGUUGACAUGGAGCCUCUUCUUGGUGCACCCAUUUACGGGUGA